CAGCAUUUAGUCAGUGGAGGCUUUGGGUAGCGAUCAACACCUCUGUCUCUGGAGUUUUUUCAAGUGAAUGUCUUACUCUCUGAAUUUUGCUUGGAUCCCUCUUUCUAGUAGAGCGCCUGUCUGCCAGAAUGGACUGAGACAGUUGAGAACAUCACCAAGGAUCCUUAAAUCAGUGUUUCUCAAAACUUUGAGGCACUUGGAUUCGGACUGCGCAGGUUUGGGGAAGGGGUGCCCGUGCGCGAGCCUGAGCAGGCGGGCAACUGGGCAGGGUUUCUCAACUUCUGCCUUUCUGGUGUUGGAUGAUUUCCGCUAGUGGCUUGCUCCAGGGCUGAAUUCUGCGAAGACUUGGACUUCCCUACUUGGCAGUUACCCCACCUCCUUAGUCCAGCUGUGACCCUGAAAAUGUUUCCCAACCUUGUGCUCCGAGGAGGAGGCCGUCAGCAGCAGGGAUGAGGUCAAUUGAGAACCACUUCAGCGAAGGAUGCUACAACCCACGUCCGCGCUCUGCAGCAGCCCUGGAGCAAGUGGGCAGGAAGAUGAAGGUCAGUCUCCUCCUGUUGGUGCUUCUGUGGGAAGCCGAGAGCCAGCCAGCACUGAGGCCAAACUUCGUCCUGUUGAUGGCUGACGACCUUGGCGUGGGAGAUCUGGGGUGCUAUGGGAACAAGACGCUCAGGACUCCCAACAUUGACACACUGGCUAGUGGGGGAGUGAAACUCACACAACACCUGGCAGCGUCACCCCUGUGCACACCCAGCCGGGCAUCCUUCAUGACGGGCCGGUACCCCAUCCGCUUAGGAAUGGCAGCGCUCACCCGGAUGGGAGUUUACUUAUUCACAGCUUCUUCUGGAGGACUUCCCACCAGUGAGGUGACAUUUGCCAGACUUCUGAGGGACCAGGGCUACUCCACAGCACUGAUUGGGAAAUGGCACCUUGGAAUAAACUGUCACAACACAACCGAUUUUUGCCACCACCCUUUACGCCAUGGCUUCGAUUACUUCUACGGUCUCCCUACAACCAACUUGAGGGACUGCAAAUCUGGGGAAGGCACCGUCUUCUCUACGGCCUACAGGGAACUGGUGUUCUUUCCCCUGCAGCUCAUAGGGGUCACCAUGUUCACACUGGCUAUGCUCCGCUUCCUGAGGCUGAUCCUCGUACCCGUUGGUGUCUUUAUCAUCCUCUUCCUCCUGGCGGGCCUGAUCCUUAUCCUUUUCCUGUGUUUCCUUCAUUACUUCCGGCCCUUGAACUGCUUCCUGAUGCAGAACUAUGAGAUCAGCCAGCAGCCCAUGUCCUUUGACAACCUCACCCAGAGGCUGACGCUGGAGGCGACUGGGUUUAUACGACGGAAUGCUGAGAAGCCGUUCCUUCUUUUCUUAUCUUAUGUCCAUGUACACACGGCCCUCUUCUCUUCCAAGGAUUUUACCAACAAAAGUCGCCACGGCCUUUAUGGGGACGCUGUGGAGGAGAUGGACUGGAGUGUUGGGCAGGUUCUGAAUGUUCUGGAUGAGUUGGGACUGGCCAACAAUACCCUGGUGUACUUCACAUCAGACCAGGGAGCCCAUGUAGAAGAAGUGACGAGCAAAGGAGAAAUGCAUGGAGGGAGCAACGGAAUUUAUAAAGGAGGCAAAGGGAACAAUUGGGAAGGAGGUAUUCGGAUUCCAGGCAUCCUUCGAUGGCCAAGAGUGAUACAGGCUGGCCUAGAGACUGAUGAGCCUACAAGCAACAUGGAUGUAUUUCCUACGAUAGCCAAACUUGCGGGAGCGCCUUUGCCCCCAGACAGGGUCAUAGAUGGACGAGACCUGAUGCCCCUGAUACAAGGGAAAAGCCAGCACUCCGACCACGAAUUCCUCUUCCAUUACUGCAAUGCCUACUUAAAUGCCGUGCGCUGGUACCCGCCAAACAGCAAAUCCAUCUGGAAAAUGCUGUACUUCACACCCAAGUUCAACCCUGAAGGUGCCAAUGGAUGCUUUUCCACACACGUGUGUUUCUGUUUUGGGAACUACAUCACCCACCACGACCCACCUUUGCUGUUCGACCUUUCCAGAGAUCCACGGGAGAGAAGCCCUUUGACUCCAGCAACGGAGCCACGUUUCCAUGAGAUCCUCAGAACCAUGCAGGAAGUGGCAGACAACCACACCAGGAGCCUUCGGGAGGUCCCCAACCAGCUGUCUGCGUGGAAUGUGCUUUGGAAACCGUGGCUCCAGCUCUGCUGUCCGUCACCUUCCUCUUCCCUGUCUUGUCAGUGCGACCGAGAAAAACAGGGUCAAAGAAUGAGCAAUUAGCCGUGAGCUGCUGUGGGUCUGGAGACCAGAAAGAUGCAUGUGGCUGAGUCCGCUAUCUUCAUCGCAAUGCCCUGCCUUGUCUUGCUGCCUCAGAUGUGUUCUGAUUCUCUGUCCUAUCACUGCAGUCCUGAGCAAGACAUCAGUGGUUACCCAGCCAGUAGGGGUUAGGUCCUGCUUGCGGCAUCUGUAGUAGAACAUGAUAAACUGAUGUCUUCCAUGGCCAGGGUCUUUGGACUUGGUGUCAGUAGGGUGAACGGGACACUCACCUCUUACACCACUGCAGCAAGGUGGAGCAAGUUCAAGAGUGAAUGCGCCCAUCUCCCCGACUAACGGGAUAAGGUGUCAUUUACAUGAUCUCCUCAAGUUAUCAUGUAACCUCCAAGGCUAACAAGCACAGCAGCCAAAAGACAAGCACACUUCAAAGACUUUAGUAGAUAGUAGCAUAUUCAGCUUUAUAACAAAUGAAGGCCCAUCUUCUUUCCUAUGCAAAGAGGAUCGUACAUUCCUAUUUGAUUAUAGGAAGACAACUCAGUAUUACUGUUAUGGCAGCACAUAUUAAAUGCUUUUAGCCAUAUAGAUAGAUAAACAGAUACAUGGAUACAUAGAUGUACAAAGUUUCUUUGCUUAAGAAGAUUAAGAUGUUUAGGGAAUCGAGGUGUUUAUAGUUAUUUAAGUAAAUGCAACAGAAGCUCCCAGGUAGAUUUGGGCAAUGAAUCUACUGUAAAAUCUUUCAACAAAAAUACACAGAGCUCUCCUGAACUGAUUUGUAGUCCAUUGUCAGUAGUAUAUUCCAGUCUUUGUCUUGCCUUUUGGUGGGUGGAGCUGGGAAUUACAAGGGAAUUUGGGGCUUCUACUUUCCCAGGAAUGUCUUGGAAUAUAAUUCAGAAUGGCUCACAUGGAAAGUAUGUUAUCUGGGGUCCAAAAGAGGUGGGGCACAUGUAACCCAUGAUUUAUACACAUAUAGGAGUUGCUCCUGAUUCCUAGCCAUGAACUAGAGAGGAGAAAUCAGUAGGUAGUGUUGCUACUUUCCUGUGAUUAUGUUUUAAUCUGACUUCCCCCAAACCUCAGUACUUCUGGGAAAAUCAUAAUCAGGUCACGUAGGAUGUGGCUUAGGUGAGAAAUUCCAAGUCUGUCUGGGGAACGAUUUCUCCACCCUUCGAAUUCAAGAAGUGGUCCAGGUGGCACAUCCUCUCAGAAAAUGAUUAGAUGACUUUAUAGGUAAAUGGAGACAAGCUGAAGUGAACUAGCUUACCAGUCCUCUAUAAAUUUGGGGGAUGUGUGUAGGCAUUCUUUGUUUGCUCAGCACAGGUCACUCUAAGUCCAUGUAGGGGAAUGGGAUACUGAGCACUCUCGUGGCUGUUGGGAGAGAUAUGGGAGCCUAUCUUGGGCUUUCUGAAACCUGAUCCAAAUAUCCUGAGUUCCUCCACAAAGGAACCCCCAGGAUUCCACAGCAUUUCCCCAAGGCCCCUUAUAGCUCUUCUAUUUAAUUUUUGCUUUCCUUUUCUGGAGGGAAGAAAAAAAGAAGUGAUGCCCACACCAUCCUGCCCCUGGAAUUUUUAAAGCCAGAAAGCAGAUAGGAUUCUUCCUGUUAACAUGAAUUCCUUCCUCUGGAAAUUGUGCAAAAUCUGUCAUUUUGUUUCAGGAAGCGCUCAUACAGAAGAGUGGACAGGGAUGUUGGUGAUGCAUGGAGAUUAUUCCUGCAGGCAUCCAGGAAAUCCAUGACUUCUGUAAUCUGGCUUUAGGGUGACAUUAUUUACUGAAGAAAUCAAUGCAAGUGGACUUUUAGAAGAUGCCAAAGGGUGCAGGGAAUAUCUGUGAGAGGAUUCUGUAACUAGAAGCACGUUUAUAGAUGAUACUGUAUGCCCGUUUGGGUGUAGAGUUAUUUAAUGUGUGAAGUGUCAACAGGACUUGAAACACAAAAUAUACCUCUGUCUGAAUUGGAACUGAGCUUAAAAGUGCCUCAAAUACCUGAUAUCACUAUUAAAAUUCAGGACAUUUCAAAGUCAUGCUUAUUUGUAAUAACCAUAACGAUCAUAGAUUUCAAACUGUUUACCACCUGAAGGUUUUGCUUUUAUUGUAUAACAAAUUUGAUUUUUUUAUUGGGUGGGGUGUUGUCCAGGAGAGAUUUAAGAAAGCUGGAAGGUACAGGUGUUGUUUGUUUUUGUAAUUUUACAGAGCUGUAAGGCAUGGCUACAUAUUUUCAAAGCAUUCUAUUGAUAUUAUUUCUUCAAUUCUAUAUUCAAACCUUCCUGCAUUUUGAAGCUUCCAGAAAGCUCUUCAAAAAGAAGUUCAUAUUCCUCGCAUUACAUCAAUGCCAAAAGUUAAGCAAACAGCUCAGUAAUGUAUGGGUCAUUUGCACUGCACGGAAAACAGAAUAAGUGACAUAUCCCUGUAAGAGAGAACUUAAAAGAGGUGGCUGACAUUUCAAACUUCCCUGAAGAACAUGCAAUAUAGACCAAGCAAAAAACAAAAAAUAAAUUAAACACAUACACACACACACACACACACACACACACACAUAGGGAUAGUAUUUGAAGCAUAUCCCAAAAAUGCUUCUUUUAAAAUGAUUGCAUCAGAUAAAAAGAAUUCCUUGUCACAUGUUAAUGCAAAGCUAAAUAAAAUACUCCUUGGCAAUUAAAAA